CAGCUCGGUACGGAUACUCAUAAUAAACAGAUCAUGGUCGUUUGACUCCAUCUCGCAGCACAGAAGGGAAGGUGUGCACGGCCUCGAUCAAUCGGGAUCCAAUGCCACCGCGAUUCGAAUGGGAGAGCCAUGCAGCAUGCCAAGUGUCAGGCAUCGCGGUCUGUAUAGCGCUGCUCUGCAAAGAACGGGUCCCGCUCACCAAAGGGAUCAAUUGAUGGAUAUGGAUCGCCGCAAUGAGCAGGUGUCAGCACUCUUUCCAGCAAAGCCAAGAAGCAAGUUUCAAGGCUUGUCUGAGACAUAUGUUCCUGACUACGGAUACCUGACUCCCAACGCUUCGAGGCUUGUGCAGCAGCUGGGGCAGAAGGGACAGGACGCCUCAAGUGCCGCUAAAAUGAUGAUGGAAUCAUUGCCAAGGUUCAGGAACCAGCCCGGAAAGGCGCCCCUUUCGAGCUAUUCGGCCGCCGACAAUGAUCCCCAGUUGACGAGUUGCUCUAGCCGAUACGUCUCACAUGUUGCUGGAAAUUCCGCGAGGCCAGACCAUCAGGGACAUUAUGCGACAAUGGCAUAUGGCACCCCUGAUGGAUGAAGUCAUGAGGCAACCAAGCGGUCAGUCCCUCCGGAGGUGUCGUCGACUUCCUGGCAGCACCCGAUGGUGUCAAGCAGAGUGCCGCCAAUUUCAAGCCCCCAACGCGCAAGGAUGCUUCAUUCCCCCUGGUCGAAUUGGGGUGG